AUGUCUGGUCGUGGUAGAGGAGGAGACAGAGGAGGAGGUGGUGGUGACAGAGGACGGGGUGGAUUUCGUGGUGGUAGAGGUGGUAGAGGUGGUGAUCGUGGGAGAGGCGGGUUCGACAGAGGCGGGUUUCGUGGAGGUCGCGGCGGCGGCGGGGGAACGACCGCAGUCCAGGUCUUCAAAGACCCGCAGGUCCCCCUCAGCGCCCCCGAUGCCCAGGUUAUGAAGGUGGAAAACACCUAUAUGGCCAACAGCAAGGGCAUCAAUGCACUAGCCAACGUCUCGCUGGCCGCGCAGUUCCCCGGCCGUCCUGGCUAUGGCACAGCCGGCAGACCAAUCUCGGUGUAUGCAAAUUAUUUCAAAAUCCAGGUGCCAGAAGGCCUUGCCGUCACCCGGUACAAUGUCGAGGUGACGCCUGAAGCCAAGGGGAAGAAAUUGGCACGGAUUUUUCAGCUCCUUCUUGAGAUGCCCGAGUUCUCUGGUCUGGUUUCAGACAUGAGUUCCAUGAUCGUUGCACCAGAGCCGUUGGGCAUUCCCGAUGGCCAUACCGUCCAGAUCCCAUACAUGGCAGAGGGCCAGGACGAGCCCCUUGAGAAGGCCAUAGUGUACUCGGCCAGGGUGAUAACCCCACUCUCAAUCAUGAUCUCCGACCUUCAAAAUCAUCUUUGCGCCACCAAUCCGUCCCCGGAUUUGGCCUUGAAACCGGAAAUCAUCCAGGUUUUAAACGUCAUCUUUGGGCACCACGCCCAAUCCCACGAUGGUGUCGUGACCACAGGAAAGAAUCGACAUUUCUCUAUCGAUCGCAGCCAGUCAAAUAGCCACAACAUCACCGUGCUGGGCGGCGGACUCGAAUCACUGCGGGGUUUCUAUCAGAGCGUGCGCGCAGCAACUGGCGGCCUCCUUCUUAAUGUGAACGUUUCACAUAAUGUCUUUCUCCAGCCAGACCGACUGGACCGACUGUUUCCAUUGCUCGGCACUGGGAAUAGAGUGAUAUUACAGAAGAAAUUGAAACUCACUCGUGUCCGUGUUAUUCAUUUGCCGGCCAAAGUAUCAAAGAAGACACAGCGAGAAAUCCCCCGAGUGAAGACAAUUUUUGGCCUCGCCCGUCCAGACGACGGCCACAAAGACCCAAAGCCGCCACAGGUCGCAACAUUCGGCGCAGGACCAAAAGAUGUGAAGUUCUGGCUGUCGGAGGCACCACCACCUAAAGAUGGCAAGACUGGCAAGACCGGCAAGAAAGGCGGACAAGCACUACCGUCAAAUAAGUAUAUUUCGGUUUUUGACUAUUUCAAAAUCAAAUAUCCUAAUAUCCCGUUGAAUCAUGCACUCCCUGUGAUCAAUGUUGGUAACCGGGAGAAUCCAAACUAUCUUCCGGCUGAGGUCUGUGUUGUUGUGCCUGGGCAAACGAUAAAGCGGAGGUUGAGCCCCGAUCAGACACAGAAUAUGAUUACAUUUGCUUGCCGGAAGCCGUGGGAGAAUGGAAAUUCAAUCGUUGGAGAUGGCAGAGCCGUCCUUGGACUUACCAACAGCGCGGCUCGAUUUGAUAUUGCCGUCGGCGCAAGUUUAGUUACCAUUUCGGCCCGAGUUUUGGCUGCGCCUGCGAUCAAAUAUAAAGAUCGCGGUUCAAAAAUGAUUACCGUCGCCCCAAGGUUUGGCUCUUGGAACAUGGCCAACGCCUCAUUCCAUACUGCAGGCAAUCUUGGCCCUUGGACCUGCUGCGUCUUCCGCUCAAACAGGGGACGUGAUUUCGGACUGAGCGAUGUCCAGCAAACGGUACUAAACUUCAAAGCCUUUCUCAUCAAAGCUGGAAUAAACGCAAGCCAAUUCAUAGCUCCCCCUCCUGAGGUCCGACUCCGUGAUGGUUUUGAAAGGGAAAACCAUGAGAUAAUCAAGAACGUCUUUCGCAGCAUUUACUUGAGUAGCCAGAAGCCCAGAUUCGUGCUCUGCAUAUUGCCUUUCAAUGACGUUGCGAUAUACAAUAGCAUCAAAACCGUAGCCGAUACAAAGGCAGGGUUCCAUACUGUCUGUGUGGUUGGUUCAAAAUUGAUGAAGGAGCAGCGGCAAGACCAGUACUUUGGCAAUGUGUCGCUGAAAUUCAACUUGAAAGCUGGUGGCACAAACCAGACCCUUGAUCCACACAAGCUUGGGGUUAUCAGUGAAGGCAAAACGAUGGUAGUAGGGAUGGAUGUUACUCAUCCGUCUCCGGGGUCUAAAGAGGGAGCGCCCAGUGUCGCUGGCAUCGUUGCUAGCAUCGACAGGUUCCUUGGGCAGUGGCCUGCCGAUUUCAACGUUCAGACCUCCCGGCAAGAAAUGAUUUCUGGCCUGGAACGUAUGUUCAUGUCACGGCUCAGCCUUUGGCAGAAGCACAACAAUAACCAGCUGCCCGACAACAUCCUUAUUUAUCGCGAUGGGGUUUCCGAAGGUCAGUAUCAGUUGCUUCUUGACAAUGAGCUGCCGCAAAUUCGAAACGCUUGCCGCCAAAAAUAUCCUGCUCAGGACACCAAGCGCGGUCUGCCGAAAAUUUCGAUCAUCGUCUGUGGGAAAAGACAUCACACUCGGUUCUAUCCGACGACGGAGCAGAACGCGGAUCGAUCGUCUAAUUGCGAGCCUGGCACCAUUGUUGACCGCGGUGUCACCGAGGUUCGAUUCUGGGACUUCUUUGUUCAGUCUCAUGCCUGCCUUCAAGGAACUGCCCGCCCUGGGCAUUACUAUGUUAUCAUGGAUGAGAUCUUCCGAGGCCGUGCUGCGAAGCCGCCUCAUCAGAAUCCCGCGGACGCCCUCGAAGAACUGACACACAACAUGUGCCAUCUAUUCGGCCGAGCGACAAAGGCUGUUAGUUUGUGCCCACCGGCCUACUAUGCCGAUCUUCUCUGCACCAGACUGAGAUGCUAUCUCUCGGAUCAGUUUGAUCCUAACGACUCUUCUGCCAGCCAGAGCGUGGUCAGUGGUGUGAGUGCCUCAAGCACCUUCGAGAACCCCAUCAUUCCCGAGAGCAUCAGAGACAGCAUGUACUACGUUUAG